GCAGCUUUUGUCCCUCACGUGUACGCGUUAUCGUUAGCCUUUGCACAUUCAAGAUACAAAGAAUUUGAAUUAUUAUUAAUACCAGUACUUAAGUGAUUUCAAGUCUGACAUUCCGGCAGUCAAUAAUUUACUCACAACGCGUGAGCUAUGUCGACGCAUACACGACAGAGGCUGCUAUUCGCCGGGAUCGUUUGUUUGCUGCUGCUAAAGACCGGACAAACGCUACCCGCUUGCGCGCAGGAUGAUGAGGAUUGCCGAGAGAGUCGCAUGCAUCCUGAGUUCCUCGACGACAAUGACAGACUCACACCGCAAAAGACAAUUGCAGGCGAAGAUAACACAGAGCACUGGUUGGACCAAGGCAGACAGUUCGUGGAGCAGAAGCUACACACACCAGUCAACAAAAAUAUUGCCAAAAACGUUAUUAUGUUCCUCGGUGAUGGCAUGGGCAUCACAACACACUCUGCUGCGCGCAAUCUACUAGGCGGCGAAGAAAAGUCGCUGUACUUUGAAACAUUCCCGCACACAGGUCUGUCACGCACCUAUAAUGUGAACAAAAUUGUGCCUGACUCUGCGUCCACAGCCACCGCAUACCUGUGCGGCGUUAAAGCCAUCGGUGGCACCAUCGGUGUCAGUGGUCAUGUGGACCGUACCGACUGUCUGCAGUCGUCGAAUGCCACACACCAUGUACACUCGAUUGCCAAGUGGGCGCUGGAUGCAGGCAAAUCGGCAGCUGUGGUGACCACCACCAGGAUUACACACGCCUCACCAGCCGGCGUUUAUGCGCAUGUUGCCGAGCGCAAUUGGGAGAAUGACAGUGAGGUGAAGGGCGAUUGUGGUGCUGACAGCAAAGUGCAGGACAUCGCAUACCAGCUAAUACAUGGCGAGGUGGGUAGCAAGCUCUCCGUUAUAUUAGGUGGAGGCCGACGUGAGUUCUUAGACUCAAAAUUGAGUGCGAACGGUAAACGCAGCGAUGGACGCAAUUUGAUUGAGGAAUAUAAGCAGCAGAGCAACAGAAAUGCUUAUGUCGAGACGCUUGAUGAAUUGAAUCGCGUGAAUGUAACGCAAGUGGAUCGGCUUUUGGGGCUCUUCCAAAGCAGUCACAUGUUAUAUCACUUGGAAACGAAUGAGGAAAGCAAUCAACCCACAUUGGCGGAGCUGACACGCAAGGCCAUUGAGUUUCUGAGUCGCAACGAUGAGGGCUACUUCAUUUUCAUCGAGGGCGGACGCAUCGAUCAUGGCCAUCAUGACACUUAUGCACGUCUGGCUUUGGAUGAGACGCUUGAGUUCGCCAAGGCCAUACAAACGGCACGUGAGUUAACCAACGAAGCGGACACUUUGAUUGUGGUCACCGCCGAUCAUUCGCACGCCAUGAGUUAUUCGGGUUAUGCGUAUCGUGGCAAUGAUAUUUUUGGUCGCACACGUUCUAAGGCUUCCGACGGUAAGCCAUACAUGACCUUAAGUUACGCAAAUGGUCCGAGUUAUGAGAAAUUCUAUGAUACCAAACAUAAUGAACGUCGCGAUCCCACCACACUGAUCACGGGUGCACCACGCGAUGAAUUCCCCGCUACAGUUCCAUUGGAUUCGGAGACACACGGCGGUGACGAUGUGGCUGUGUUCGCUUCGGGUCCAUUUGCGCAUUUGUUCACCGGCGUCUAUGAUCAAAACACCAUUCCUCAUAUUAUGGCUUAUGCUUCGUGUGUGGGUAAUGGUCUGAAGGCGUGUUCUAAGUAGAAUUGAUUAAUUUUACGUCUCUUUUUAAAUAUAACUGAGUGUAUUUAUUUACUGUUAUUUUGUACAAACAAA